UCGAGCGGUUCUGCUCUUUGCUGUGUGUGUGAGUGUGUUAUCGGUUACGACACCUCAGUGUAAACAGCUAUGGCUGCCCUGCGCAGGCUUAUCCCUUCACUCACCAACAGCCUCAAAACAGGGACGUUUACGGCGCGGCAGCAGCAAACAUCCUCGAAGGCGACAAAAGCUCUGAAAGUUCUCGCGGCCGGAGGGUGCGUCACCGCCGUGGCCGGUGCUGCUGUUUACUACUGCUGCUCGACUACCGGCAGGCGCUCCGGGCUCAGGAGCCAUGUCGAGGCUCGACUCUUUCAUCUGGCGCUGCCAUCAGUUUCUGCCACCGAUAAGGCCCGGCCCUAUGGUCUGGAUGAUGGAGAUGUGUACAUGUCAUCCUAUGAAAACAGGUUUCGCCUGUUCAGCUCGGUGGAGUACGAUGGUCAGCUCUACAUGACGCCACACAACUUCAUCGAGUCCGUCACUUUGAAUGAACCCAAGAGCAGGAGAGCGUGGAGGUCCCUCACAAAAAAGGAUUUAGAUAAGAUGCUGGCUGAUACCCCGCCUGUUUGGAAAGGAUCAUCUAAUAUGUUUAGAACGCUUCGUGAACAAGGUGUCAUCAGCUACACAGAGUACCUCUUCCUGCUCUGCAUUUUAACAAAGCCCCACGCAGGCUUCAGGAUCGCUUUCAACAUGUUCGAUGCAGAUGGGAAUGAAAUGGUAGACAAAAGGGAGUUCUUGGUGCUGGAAGAAAUUUUCCGUAAGAAGAAGGACAGAAAGGAAGUUGCUGAAGACAUGAUCAGAUUUGAUCAGCAGAGCCUGCAGCUGUACGGUCAACGUAAACCCCAGCCGCACAGUGUUCUUAAAAAAGACAGUCAGCAUGUGGAGGCCCGGGGCAUGUGGGAUGUUCUCAGACGUGGCACAAGUCAAGUUCUGUUUUCUGAUCUCGCUGAGCAUAUGGAUGAAAAGACGGAGACAACUCUGCUGGUGCAUUUCUUUGGGAAAAAAGGCAAAGCCGAGUUGAAAUUUGAAGAUUUUUACAGUCCGUCUCGCUCCUCCAGGUUCAUGGACAACCUGCAGACAGAGGUGCUUGAGAUAGAGUUCCUCUCAUACUCCAAAGGCCUGCCCACCAUUAGCGAGGAAGACUUUGCUCGGAUCCUCCUCCGCUACACCAACGUGGACGACGUCAACGAGUAUUUGGAGAACGUGCGCCACUGCAUCCCGGACGAAAAGGGAAUCACCUUUGAGGAGUUCAGGUCCUUCUUCCAGUUCCUAAACAACCUGGAGGAUUUUGCCAUCGCCAUGCAAAUGUACAACUUUGCCAACCGCUCCGUUGGUCAAGAUGAGUUUACCCGCGCCGUCUACGUGGCAACAGGCAUCAAGCUGACCCGCCACUUGGUCAACACUGUCUUCAAGAUCUUCGACGAGGAUCGCGAUGAUAAACUCAGCCACAAGGAGUUCAUCGGCGUCAUGAAGGACCGGCUGCACCGUGGCGACGGGGGAGUCCGAAUGGAGGAGAAGUUCACCUCCUUCAAGUCCUGCAUGAAGAAGGAGCUUUCAGGCAAAUAGGUGAAAAUCCCAUCAUCAAUGCAUGUCUUAACUGGACGAGCUGGGCCUCCUCUGUGCUCUCUACCAGGACGGAAGGGGUUAAUGCAUGCUGCAGCAUCUUAUUGCACUUUGUUAGAAGUUUUAAAACAAACAGGAUGUGGCAGAAACAGGAUGUGUUCAGCCUAAUGGGAAGCUGUUGCAAGUGGUCAAACAAACAAGAAUGACCCAUUAUGAACAUAAAUCCACUUAAGGAGCAGUUGAAGUUGUUGUGAUCAGUUUGUGUUUCUGCUUUAGCCUGCUCACAACUAUUUAUUGAUUCAUCUUGUAAAUAUAUUUAUCAGUUUAUGAAUGUUAAUGCCUAUUUUCUUUUUUUAAAUCUAGAAGUCCGACGCUGUCUUAUUACUGCUCUGUCAGUGUAUAAUGUUCAGUUUGAGCCUCCCUUUGUCCCAAUCCUGAUUCUGUACGGAGGCGGCAUUGCUCACAUACUUUGUCCUUCUGUCAGCCCUGCAGCCCCCUGCACAGAUCAGCUUAGGACAGCAGCUCCCCUCCUCCCUAUCCUCCUCCUCCUCUCUCCCAGAGCGCUGCAGCUAAAAUCCUCGAGGAUCCCCAAGAGCCAGCAGGCCUGAACAAACUCACCCGGUCAGUGGCUUUUUUACUGUUUAACUACAGGCAGCUAACUGUGUUAAUCAUUUCUCAGUUAGUAAAGACAAGUGCUAUUUUCAAGCCACUGACAGGGAUGACCUCUUUAUAUAAAAAUAUAAAUAUGCAAAACACUGAAGCCAUAUGUUUGUUUCACUCUUGGGACCGUCCACUUAAAUUAGUUUUGGAGCAAUACAUUAGAAUCCCUUUAGACUCUGUGAGGAAGAGUUUACACUUUAUCUUCUGCUUUAUAAAAACACUCCACUUGUAUAACUGCGCAGUUACUGAGGAAUUCUUAAUGGCUUUUUGUUUCCUGGCGUCUUGUUUGCUUUGGGUGGAGUUAUGUACUGAAAAAAGAAUGUUACAUGCUGUAAUAUUAACCAGACUAAUGUAUGUAUGUAACAGAUUACUUUCUGUUUUCAUUUUGGAUGUUUGGAUUUGUUAGUCUACCUCGUGAAGACUUUUGGAAACUUCUUGCCACAUGUCAUUCUUUCAAAUCAGGCCUUGACUGUUACACUGACGCAUUUAUGAUAACAUGUUAUAAUAAAUAUCAUG